UCACAGAGAGCGAGUGAGAAAGAAUCACUGUUGCAAGCUACAGAUGAAACACAGCUUGUUAGCGAUAAUCAUACACAGGGAGGGUUAUCCAUUGAGAUAUUAGAGAAAUGGCGUAAGGUGACAAUUGUUGUUUGCCUUGCUUCUAUAGUUUUCACAUUGCUUCUUGGGAUCAGUGCGUUAGUCGUCUCUCAGACCUCGGAUAGUUCCUCUGCUUUUGCAGUGGCACUCGACGCUGUUCUGGCCAUUAUAUCAUCAGGAUCUGUUAUAUGGAGGUUUUACUACGGGAUCAAUGGCAACGGGCGGACGAGGAGGGAGUGGAAAGCCUGCACCAUCAUUGCCAGUUGUUUUAUCUUCUCAGGGGUUUUGGUGGUCGGACGAGCUGUUAUCUGCAUCGCGACAAACGACAGGCCACGUCAUGCCCAAGAUUUGCUCAUCAUGUCAGUAAUCAGUUGCGUGGGUUAUUUUCUGCUUUUUCUCGUCAAACUGUGUUUAGCAAAGAAACUUGAAAGCUCAGCUCUUGUCGCAGACUCAAUAGACGCUCUUAGUGGUUCUGGAAUGUCGGCCGGUGUGAUUACAAGUACUUUGGUGUUAGAAUACAUUCGCAAAGCAUGGCUUAUAGAUCCAUGCACCGCGAUUGCCAUCGCUUUAGCGACAGUUAUCUACGGAAUUGAAAUCUUGCUUCGAGUUGAACGUGAAAAGAAGCAAGUCAAAAAAGUUAGAGAAGCCGGGCAAGAGCUUCAGGAGGAACAAGAUGCGGAAAGGGAGUCGGACAAAAAACGAUAA